AUCGUCAUGGAGCUGCUUUCGGGGGGCUCGCUGGAGGCGAAGAUUGCCACGUCACCGCAGCCGCCGAGCGCAGCGGCCACGUGGGUGCAGCAGGUCGCCUCAGGCCUCGCGUACAUGCACUCGCUCAACCUGCAGCACCGCGACCUCAAGCCGGCCAACGUGAUGCUCGACAUGGCGGGCCGCGCUAAGAUAAUCGACUUUGGGCUCGCGUGCGUCUCUUCCGCCUCGCGCCGCUCGCGCACCCAGACCAAGGUGGGCACCGACGCCUACAUGUCGCCCGAA